AUGUCCUCCAACUCUACCACCCGCAUCUUCACCUCCGGCGCAGCCGGCGCACCCUCCCAAGCCGAGCAAUACACCAAAGACUCCCUCGACAUCUCGCAGCUCCAACCCGACCCUCUCUCUCAAUUCGGGAUCUGGUUCGACCACGCGAAAUCCGGCACAGUCGCCGAGCCGGAAACGGUCGUCUUCUCCAGCGCCGAGCUGCCCUCGGGCCGCGUGAGCGCGCGCACAGUCCUGAUGAAAGAGAUGGACGGCAGGGGCUUCGUCUUCUACUCCAACUGGGCGACGUCGCGCAAAGCGGCGGACGUGCAGACGAAUCCGCAUGGCGCGCUGACGUUUUAUUGGAAGGAGUUGCAGCGGCAGGUCAGAGUGGAGGGGCGGUGUGAGCGCUUGACGGGCGAGGAGAGUCAGGGGUACUAUGAUACGCGGAUCCGGGGAUCGCGGAUUGGGGCUUGGGCUUCGGAGCAGAGUCGGGUGUUGGAGGGAAGGGAGGAGUUGGAGAAGCGGGUGGAGGAUGUGGAGAAGAGGUUUGAUGGGAAGGAGAGGAUUCCUGUGCCGGAGUUUUGGGGCGGGAUGAGGAUUGUGCCGGAUUUGGUGGAGUUUUGGCAGGGGCGGGCUAGUCGGUUGCAUGAUCGGUUUCGGUAUACGAAGGAAGAGGGGCAAGGAGGAGAGUGGAAGAUUGACCGGUUGAGUCCUUGA